GAGUCAGCCCCGGCAGCCCCCGCCGCCGUGGCGAAGUGAGGAGACCCCCGCGGACAACCACACGCGCGGGGCCGGGGCGCUACUUGAGGCCCUCGCUGCCCCUUUAAGGGUUCUCGAAACUUUCCCCCCUGGUAUCAGAUGAGCCUCGUCACAUCCGUUGGCCGCGGCCGCCGGGGCGCGUUCCGAGGAAAUUCGGGACUCGAGUUUCCCGGGGAAGAGGCGCGGCCGCAGCCCGGCGAGGGUGCGCAGGGCGGGCGCAGGUGGACCCCGGCGGCCCCCGCGCCCAGCUGUGACCUUGGCCGCGGGGGAGGGGCCGGGCCGCUGCGGGGCAGCCGCGGCCACCAGAGGGGGCAGCGGAGAAGAACUUGCCCAACUUGGCCGCUUGGGCAGGGGCGGCUCCGCGCCUCCGCGCCCGCCUCCCCGGCCUCCGCCUUCUCCUCGCCCGCGAGCCUCCUCCCCUGGGCCCUCCUCCCGUCCUCCCCGCCGCCGCCGCCGCCGCCGCCGCCGCCGGUCCCGGUGCGCGCCCAUCCCUGCCCGCAGCCCCGCGCCCGGGUCGAGUCGCUGAGCCGCGGCCGCCGGACGGGACGGGACUGGCUGGGCCGGGCGCGCCCCCCGGGCCCCGCUGUGGGCAUGGGCGCGCUGGCCCGGGCGCUGCUGCUGCCUCUGCUGGCCCAGUGGCUCCUGCGCGCCGCCCCUGAGCUGGCCCCCGCGCCCUUCACGCUGCCCCUCCGGGUGGCCACGGCCACGAACCGCGCUGCUGCGCCCACCUCGGGACCCGGGACCCCCGCCGAGCGCCGCGCGGACGGCCUGGCGCUCGCCCUGGAGCCCGCCCUGGAGUCCGCCGCGGGCUCCGCCAACUUCUUGGCCAUGGUGGACAACCUGCAGGGGGACUCUGGCCGCGGCUACUACCUGGAGAUGCUGAUCGGGACCCCCCCGCAGAAGCUACAGAUUCUCGUUGACACGGGAAGCAGCAACUUUGCGGUGGCGGGAGCCCCACACUCCUACAUUGACACGUACUUUGACACGGAGAGGUCCAGCACAUACCGCUCCAAAGGCUUUGAUGUCACUGUGAAGUACACACAGGGCAGCUGGACGGGCUUUGUUGGGGAGGACCUCGUCACCAUCCCCAAAGGCUUCAAUAGUUCUUUCCUUGUCAACAUUGCCACUAUUUUUGAAUCAGAGAACUUCUUUCUGCCUGGGAUUAAAUGGAAUGGAAUACUCGGCCUAGCUUAUGCCACACUAGCCAAGCCAUCAAGCUCUCUGGAGACCUUCUUUGACUCCCUGGUGAAACAAGCAAACAUCCCCAAUGUUUUCUCCAUGCAGAUGUGCGGAGCCGGGUUGCCCGUUGCUGGAUCUGGGACCAACGGAGGUAGUCUUGUCCUGGGUGGAAUUGAACCAAGUUUGUAUAAAGGAGACAUCUGGUAUACCCCUAUUAAGGAGGAAUGGUACUACCAGAUAGAAAUUCUGAAAUUGGAAAUUGGAGGCCAGAGCCUUAAUCUGGACUGCAGAGAGUAUAACGCCGACAAGGCCAUCGUGGACAGUGGCACCACGCUGCUGCGCCUGCCCCAGAAGGUGUUCGAUGCAGUGGUGGAGGCUGUGGCCCGCGCAUCUCUGAUUCCGGAAUUCUCUGAUGGUUUCUGGACUGGGUCCCAGCUGGCUUGCUGGGCGAAUUCGGAAACACCUUGGUCUUACUUCCCUAAAAUCUCCAUCUACCUGAGAGACGAGAACUCCAGCAGAUCGUUCCGUCUCACGAUCCUGCCUCAGCUUUACAUUCAGCCCAUGAUGGGGGCCGGCCUGAAUUAUGAAUGUUACCGCUUCGGCAUCUCCCCUUCCACAAACGCGCUGGUGAUCGGAGCCACGGUGAUGGAGGGCUUCUACGUCAUCUUCGACAGGGCCCGGAAGAGGGUGGGCUUUGCGGCGAGCCCCUGCGCAGAAAUUGCAGGUGCUGCAGUGUCCGAAAUUUCUGGGCCGUUCUCGACGGAGGACGUAGCCAGCAACUGUGUCCCCGCGCAGUCUUUGAGCGAGCCCAUUUUGUGGAUCGUGUCGUACGCGCUCAUGAGUGUGUGUGGAGCCAUCCUCCUUGUCUUAAUCGUCCUGCUGCUGCUGCCGUUCCGGUGUCAGCAUCGCCCCCGGGACCCUGAGAUCGUGAAUGAUGAGUCCUCUCUGGUCAGACAUCGCUGGAAAUGAAGAGCCAAGCCAGACCUCAAGCAACCGUGGACUCAGCUAUUUAAAAAAAAAAAAAAAUCACGUUUCAAGGACAGCAGCCGGGAUGGAUGGCGGCGCUUCCUUCCGUGCCCACCCGUCUUCAAUCUCUGUUCUGCUCCCAGAUGCCUUCCAGAUUCACUGUCUUUUGAUUCUUGAUUUUUUAGCUUUCAGAUCUUCCCUACUUCCAAGAAAAAUGAUAAUGAAAAAAAAAAAAAACAUUCUAAACCAAAACAGAGUGGAUUGGGCUGCAGGCGCUAUGGGAUUGGUUAUGCCAGACUGUCUAGGUGUGCCACCAACAUGAAACAAAACCAAGUGGUGGCUAGUCUCUUCUCUCUCCAAUCUCUGGGAAAAUAAGCGCACAUAGUUAACUCCUCUUAGCUCACGGGAAGCUUUUUGUAUUAAUCACCUUUGAGGGUAUUUUGUGCCAGACCUCAACCUGGGUCAAGGUCGUAUAAGAAGGCUUGCAGCAUGAUGGCAGGAGAAGCAGCCUGGGGCCUGGGGAUGUAACCGUGCUGUCCCCUUCAGAGCUGGAAAAAGAGCCACAGGCCCCUUUUGUGGGUUUCUCUGUGCUCUGAGUGGGAGCCAGAAUCCACUAGGAGGUCAUCGACCGAUGGUCCUCACCAGCCUCUUGUGAAGAUGGAAGGCCUUUUGCCCAUUGAGGUAGAGUGGGAAGGAAGCCUCCUCUUUUGUACCCAAUACUUCUGUUGUGUUGUUGGUGUGAAGGUAAAAACACUACCUCUUUUGAGACUUUGCCCAGGGUCCUGUGCCUGGGUGUGGGUGCGGGCAGCUGUUCCCCUCACCCAAAAGGAUUAUCAUCCCAACAGCCAAGAACCAACAGGUGCUGAACUGUGCAUCGACCAGGAAGAGAGUUCUGUCACCGAGCUGGCCACUCACAUAUGCUUACUGUUGCUUAAAAUUAAUAAAUCGUGUUUUCAUGAAAAAAAAAAAAAAAACCCCUUCUAUUUCACUAGCUUAGUUGUCUAUUUUUUCAAAUCUUCUCUGGAAGUAGGUUGGUUAUUACCCUGUUGGGAAACAGGGAAAUGGCCCGAUGCCCCUAUUUCUGACCAGCUGUUGCGGAAGGAAGACACAAGAUGUACAGAAGACACGAGGGAGAAUCUACUAAUCCCCAUGCUUCGAAGCCAUGUGUUUCCCUUUGCAGAACCAGCUAGGCUCAAGGAUACCCAUCCAAUCAUCUUAAAUUGUUUAGCAGUUGACCUCUGUGCUUCUUCCCUUGGGGGUAUUUAAUCUUUGGUAACAGGUGUACAGUGGUAGCCUUAUGUGGGGCAAUCGCUACUUUCUGUCACUCGUUGAGGCCUUUGCCAAAGAAAAGUGGAAGCCCUUACCUCGAUAUAGCCAGCCUUCUAUGAUCGAUGGCAUUAAGAGAAGAAUUGAAAGACUGUCCCUUCUCUCCUGCUUCUGUGCCAAGCUCAGUGUUCACUCUGCAUUUCUUUUGGGUAGGUUGGGUAUAUUACAGAAUUCCACCCAAAGUGCUAAGUGUCCCCUCCUGCAGACGUGUCGGUAUUCACGGUAGGCUGCGUGUGGAUGUUUCAGCCAUCUGCUCUGCUCCCUGGGUCCCCGGGUCACGUCCAUACUGAGAAAUAUGUGACUGUGCCAAAGAGACGUGGAGGCCACGUCGGCUUGUCAUGCUGUCCUGGAAGACUCUCCAGCAGCCAGAGGAACCUUCUGUGCUGUUCUCACUGGAGAAGAUUUGAGUUGCAGCUUGGAAGGAACAUGACGGCAUGGAACGGGAGGAGGGGGCUCUUGUAUCAGGGCCCAUUGUCACGCCUGCUGUCAGCUUGUUGAGGGCUCAAAAUCUCAGGGUGCGUUUCAGAGGGAGAGAUGUCUGGAAGUCAGAUUCUCUUCUCAUCCCAUUGGCUUUCUCCGUGGUUCCUGUUUUGUGGGCCACUUUGCAUAGGAGUGAUGCCAGCACCCCUAGAUUGUGCCUUCCCCUUGCUGUGAAAAAUUCGAACCCCUGAAAUAAAAGGAGGGAAUUGCAGGUAUGGCCUGGUUAGUCUUCCUGCUUAUUUCUCUACACUGGCAGUUUCUGCGUCAUUGUAUCACGUUAGGCUUCAGGGGCGGGAAUCUUGCUCCUGCCGCAGAUGGACAGGCAGGGUUCUCGGAAUACGCAGAAGUCACAAGCUAGGUUUCCAGGCCGAGUAGGUGAAUACAGCUUGCCCAUCACGCUCUCUUGUAUUUCAUAUCAAAUUUCUUUAUCUUUUCCUAUCGCAUGUCAUUGGAUGUGACAUUUUGAUGAAAAUACUGAAAUUACACGAGCAUAGCUUAGCAACAAGAAUGAAAUAGACAAUUGAAUGUGGGACAUUUUUCUGGCAUGCCAUCCUGCUCAGAAUUGGACUUCCAGUCGAACCCCUGUUAGUGAUAACCACCUCCUCCGGUUAUGUAAAUGGAUGCUUGGCUUGGAAGAGGAAAGGAAUUAGCAACCCUUUCAGGGUGUCAUUUUCACCUUGUAAUAUACGCUGUGGAAAAUACUGGAAGGCGGUCCUUGCCUGAAAGGUGCCACUUAGCAUUAGGUUGUUACCAGAAACGUUGUCAAGUCUGAUGGGAAAUCGGUGCUUCUAUAUAGACAAUAUUAUUUUAGGAUGCUGCUUUAUUUUCGUGAUAAGUUCUUUCAAAGUCUGAAAUGAAAUCCUGCCUUCAGUAACUGAAACCAUUUAUUAAAAAUACCAAGAAACAAGAUGGGGACCAAUUCUAUUUUUAUUCUUGGGAACUUAAAGGAGCCACAAGUGAUUGGUGUCAGCUCUCCCAGCAUGUACAGUACACGAUUUUGUAUUUCUCCUGAACCAAAAACAAAUACUUUGCACUCAAACAGAUGCCCUGUGUGCGACUGCGGGGAAUGUUUUUCUAGAAAACGUUCCACUUCUGAACACUGCAAAGGACCUUACUUGAUUCAUGGUGAAACACAGAGGUUUUGAUUGGAGGUAAAUUUGGGGUCACUUACUGUUCAAAGUUGUAAAAGUAAUUCCCAGGAAGACAGCGUUAAUGACUGCAGAGCUUUGGGUAAUCGACUUGGAAAAGCAAUUGCGAAUUGGGGAUUGCAUCAUUUCAUUUAAGAGGUGAAGAGGGAUUUGAUUAUUUAACACGCCAGGUGCAAACUUGUUAAAUUCCUCUUUCCCUGUCCCUGCUUGGUGGAGCUGCCAUGCGCGGCUCAGUUCUCAGUUCUGGCCUAAUGCCACUCAAUAUCAUAGGGAAUAAAUCGCUGUUCAGCUGUCUGUUCCACAAACAACAGUAAUUGAGUUUCACAGACUUUAUCCUGAUUAGUGGAAAUCAAAUAAUUGGGUGGAAUUCCCAUGCCUGUUCUCUUACACAAACUUAUUAGAAUUGAUUAGAGAACUGUUUGGAGGGAAAACUUGCCACUAAGAUUUUUUUUUUUUUUUAAUGACCAAGCACCAUAAAGUGUAAAGCUCGAGGUUUUUAAUGCCAAGAAAACUCCACGCCAUGCCACAGAAGUUACUGUGUACAUAUUUAGGGAGUUUUAAGAAUUUCACAUUUGAACUUAACAGCAGUUUACCACAUAAAUGGCAGGCUGGAAAAACACAUUUUGAGAGGAAUAGGGAGAAUAAGAAUGUAAUUAAAAGUAUGCUAGCAACAAAGUAAGCAGAACAUAUUCUUUUAGAAAAUGCAGUUUAGACCAGGUGCGGUGGCUCAUACCUGUAAUCCCAGCACUUUGGGAGGCUGACACAGGUGGAUCGCCUGAGGUCAGGAGUUAGAGACCAGCCUGGACAACAUGGUGAAACCCUGUCUCUACUAAAAAUACAAGAGCCAGGUGCGGUGGUGUGUGCCUGUAAUCCCAGCUACUCGGGAGUCUGAGGCAGGAGAAUCACUUGAACCAGGGAGGCAGAGGUGGCAGUGAGCUGAGAUCGUGCCACUGCACUGCAGCCUGGCAACAGAGCGAGACUCCAUCUCAAAAAAAAGAAAGAAAAUACAGUUUAAUUCCAGCCAUCCUCGGAUUUCUUUUCCCUUUAAAGUGGCUGAAUCCACUGGAGAUGUGACUCACUUUGCAGAGCCACCAUUUCCAAACUGAAGGAAUAUUCAAGCGGGAGUCAUGUGUCAAUGACAGCUUUCACAGAGGGAGAGACCGGGUGGCCGGGUGUUGCCCACCUGGAGCAAGGACUGGUUCUUUCAACAGAUGGAGAGUACAGGAUGGCUGGGGCCUGGCAAGUGCCAGAAUCUGGGAAGAGGGUGGGGCAAGAAGGAGCCAGGAGCGAGGUCCCACCCUUCAGGGGGCAGUGGGCCACGGAGGUCCACACCAGCCAAGAACGUCCCCAGGAUGACGUGGGUACCUCAGUUCACCCCAUGUUUUUGGCACAGCCUACUUUUUAGGAAUUUUCUAAAGGAAUUCUCAGGAUUGAUUAUUUGUCAGAGGAACAGUUAGGCCAAGGGAAACUUGCUUGGUAGCCAUAUGUAAAACACACCUAUCCUAAUAAAACUAGAGAGGCCUCAAGGACCAAGCAGGACACAGGCAGGUUCAAGGUCAUGCACCAGGAAGUUUGUAGGGCAGGGUCAAGUGACUGAGGCCAAAGGGAGUUGGCAUCGUAACCUGUGGGGUCUGAGCAUCUGGAAGGCUCCUGGUAGCAGUUACCCUGGUAGUGUCACUGAGAGGCACAGCAGCUCGGCCCUCACUGCUUCCGCCAGCUCUGCUGAGCCAGCCCAGCCCGUGCAUUCGGAAUGCCUGACAGCUUCCUUCUCCAGAAUGUCUCCUGUCACUGACUUCCAGAAAAGGAGCUCCCUCCUGUCUCACUGGUGUCAGUGUGGGAGCCCUGCUCCCCAGGCGCCACGUCCCCGGAAGGUCCAAGCUGUCCGGAGCACACCCAGCCCCAUUCAGGGUCAGUGCAGGAGGGAUGAGGGAGGCUGCAGAGCAGGAACCAGGAUUUUCAGAUGUGGGCGGCUCCCUGGGCUAUUGCUGUCACCCCAGGGGUGGGCGAAGGCUGUUCGCCACAUCUGUGGAAUGUGGAAAUGAGAACAAAGCCAUGCUUCUUAGUGAUGCCACCAAAACCUCAAGUCACUUCAGCGGCUGGAAUCUAUCAUAGGUGUUGAGGAUACGUAACUUCCACCAAUAUAAAUACGGUAUUUUCUUCCCUGCCCCUGAGCUCCUCUAGGUUUCUUAUCAGAUAUUACACACAGAGGUCCAGUGCUUCUAAACUAAAUUAUACCUUGUAACUUUUACAUCACACUUGCUCAAAAACCACACGGUGGGUAGCGGCUGGGCCAAGAGGCAUCACAAAGCUUCCUGAUAAAUUCGAAUCCAGCCCCAGCAAGAGUGACAGGCGGGUACCUGGUCCCUGGGGUACUUGUUGGACACUACUGUGAUGAGAGCAGCCAUCCUGGUAUCUCCACUAGCACCUCGGGAAAGAGGGUGAUAGUGAAAUAUCUGUCUCUCCUCUGGGAAUCAGGGGAGCCCUAAGAAGUGGGUAGUUCUCUUUACAGAUGGAUAAUUAUUGGUAUGAGGCCAACCAGAUAAAGUCCAAACUGUAUAGAACACACGUGUGCCUCACACAUAGCCUUCUGAGUAAAAUAUUUUGCCAGUAUAGAUUUGUAAUUAUAUAAUUGUAAAUGAUAGAAGGAAAUCGACAUUAUACUAUGUAUAUUUGUAAUUAUAUAAUUGUAAAUGAUAGAAGGAAAUCUACAUUAUACUAUGUAUAUUUGUAAUUAUAUAAUUGUAAAUGAUAGAAGGAAAUCUACAUUAUACUAUGUAGAUUUCAAUGUUAGGCACAGCUGUCACUUUAGUGAUAUCGAUAAAAGGCUAGAAACCUUGAGCGUCCUUGGCAACCUCGCCUUUGAUGUCCACGUUUUUCGGUAGGAUUUUCCUUAUUUGGCUUGGAAUAAACAUGCAUUUUUAUUCACAAGACAUGGACAGAUCAGAAUAUGGUAAGGAAGGAAGUGUCUCCAAAGGUCAGGACUUCUUCUUUCUGUUGAGUGCUAUAGAUGGAGGUGAUUGAAAGUUCGCUGAUGUGAGUGUGGUUUCGCUAGCUACAUUGUACCUAUUGAAGUAAAAUGUUACACAAGUCUCACAUUUCUGAGAUUAGCGUUCCUGAAUGAUAUGUUAAGAAAAACAUUCAAAGAUUAUCUCUUUUUAAGAUGGAGGGAAAAAAUGAACAAAGCUAAUUAUAAUGAAAAUUGCACAAAAUAUCGUUUCUUAACAAAUGUAAUGCAAUUUUGUGUUCUUUGUUGCUAAUGGUAUAAAAUGAGAUUUUUUUCCCCUCAUUUUUUAAAAUUGUAGAUGUAAUUUCAUGCAUUUGUAUCAGUGAGGUUUAAAAUUCUGUGUAGCAAUCACUCGGCACGUGAUAGGGCAGAGAAUGAAUGAGGUUUGUCAUGUCCUAGUAAAAGCUGAAUUUUUAUAAUCUCAAAUGAUGUAUUUUCUACUAUUGCUGUUGAUUUGCAUUGUUAAAAUUCUUAAAGUUUAACAUGCUCUGUUUAGUCGCCGAAAGCGACCACUCAUGUCUUCCUAAAGUUGCUGACUUUUCUGCCGUGCUGUAGUCAGUAUUUCGCUUCUGGCAGAAGAGCUGCAAGCUGUGUGUCCUCACACAGACGCAAAAAGUUGUGCUUUGCAAAAUGUUUGUUUUGUGUUGAUCUCAGAUUAACAUCCUUUAAUACAUGUUUCUUAAGUGUAACUUGUACUUUUGAAAAUGCCUAAAAUUAUUUUAUAUUUCCCUUUUGGAAUUUUGCUCUAUUUCCAGCACGCUGGUUGAUUUAAAAUUGUAAUAAGACCAAGAGUUGGAGUAAUGGGAUAUUCAUUUCAUCUUUAAAGUGGCUUCAUGGCUGCUGAUUAAUGUCUGAACCAUUGCUGUGCCCUUCAGAACUGGAGUUUUCUAAAAUAAUCUUAUUUUUAUACUUGUAAGUUCCAGCAAUUUAAAAUACAUACCAUUGAAAGGGAGAUAAAGCGUUUUUGUUUAUUUGAAUAAAUAAUACUUCCAA